AUGGCGCCGCCCCUCGUCGACAACCCGCAGAUCCGGCAGGCGGAGCUGCUGAAGCCGCUGCCCUUUCACUUCCACGCCUAUGUCUGGCCCUUUGUCGUCAUCUGGCCCGUCUUCCUGCGAUACUACUUGACUCCCGACCUCUACGAGAAGCACAUCGGCGCCCCGGAAUGGACUUUCGUCUGGUGCGGGACCAUCAUCACCAUCCAGUCGCUGGUUUGGUUGAGCACGCACUGGAGCGUCGCCCUCGAUGCGCGCUUCCGCGCCACCAAGGCCAAGGACGUGCAGGACGCGCAGCUGAUCAAGGUCCUCCCCAUCGCCAACGCCGGGUCUGGCGAGAUUUGCAAGAUUGUCCGUGACAAGGCUGGCGGCAAGACGAAUGUGUCGUUCCUCUUCCAGAAGCGCCGCUUCCUCUACAGCCCCGAGACCGGCUCCUUCAGCACCCUCCAGUACGACAUCGACGCCGAGCCGAAGCCCUCCAUCGGACACUUCCAGUCGUCGCGCGGCCUCGAGAAGCAGUCUGAGCUCUCGCGCCUCGAGCAGCACUAUGGCAGAAACACCUUCGACAUUCCCGUUCCGACGUUUACCGAGCUCUUCAAAGAGCACGCCGUCGCCCCCUUCUUCGUCUUCCAGAUCUUCUGUGUCGGCCUCUGGCUGCUCGACGACUACUGGUACUACUCGCUGUUCACUCUUUUCAUGCUCGUCGCUUUCGAGAGCACCGUCGUGUGGCAGCGCCAGCGCACCCUGAACGAGUUCCGCGGCAUGAGCAUCAAGCCGUACGAUAUCUGGGUCUUCCGUUUGGGCAAGUGGACUGAGGUCCAGACCGAUGCCCUCCUCCCCGGCGACCUCGUAUCCGUCGGGCGCACAAAGGAAGACAGCGGUGUUGCCUGCGACAUGCUUCUCGUCGAGGGCAGCGCCAUCGUCAACGAAGCCAUGCUGUCCGGAGAGAGCACCCCGCUGCUCAAGGACUCCGUCCAGCUUCGGCCUUCUGAUGUGCCCCUGGACUCCGAGGGCUUGGACAAGAACGCUUUCCUCUGGGGCGGCACCAAAGUUCUCCAGGUCACUCACGGCAACCCCGAACAAGAGAAGCCGGCCCUCGCGUCUGGCGUGCCGCCUCCUCCCGACAAGGGCGCCAUGGCCGUCGUCAUCAAGACUGGCUUUGAAACAUCGCAAGGCAGCCUGGUCCGCACCAUGAUCUACUCGACCGAGCGCGUCUCGGCCAACAACUUCGAAGCCCUUCUCUUCAUUCUGUUCCUGCUCAUCUUCGCCAUCGCCGCGUCGUGGUACGUCUGGGACGAGGGUGUUCGCAAGAACCGCAAGCGCUCGAAGCUGCUGCUGGACUGCGUCUUGAUCGUCACCAGCGUCGUGCCCCCGGAGCUGCCCAUGGAACUCAGUCUUGCCGUCAACACGAGUCUGGCCGCAUUGUCCAAGCUGGCCAUCUUCUGCACUGAGCCCUUCCGUAUUCCCUACGGUGGCCGCAUCGACGUCGCGUGCUUCGACAAGACGGGCACUCUCACCGGCGAGGACCUUGUCGUGGAGGGUAUCGCUGGUCUUGGACUCGCCAACACAGACAUCGACGACAAGAAGGAGGCUGACGGCGCCCACUCCAACAUGACCGCCGUUACCGACGCCAGCCUCGAGACUCAGCUCGUACUCGCUACUGCUCACGCUCUGGUCAAACUUGACGAAGGUGACAUUGUGGGCGACCCAAUGGAAAAGGCUACUCUCACCUCCCUUGGCUGGGCGCUCGGUCGCAACGAUGUACUCCAGAGCACUGCCAAGGCUGGUGGCACCCAAGGCACCGUUCAGAUCAAGCGCAGGUUCCAAUUCUCGUCCGCCCUUAAGCGCCAGAGCUCCGUCGCCAUGGUUCAUGGUAUCCACCCCCAGACUGGCAAGAGGAUCAGAGGCACCUUUGUUGGUGUCAAGGGCGCCCCCGAGACAAUCAUGAAGAUGCUUGUUGACGUGCCCGCUGAUUACGAGGAAACCUUCAAGUACUUUACCCGCAAGGGAUCCCGUGUCCUGGCACUGGCCUACAAGCAGCUCACUGUCGAUACUGAGCUUGGCUCCGGCAAGAUUAAUGACCUGAAGCGCGAGAAGGUCGAGUGCGACCUCACUUUCGCCGGUUUCCUGGUUCUACACUGCCCUCUCAAGGAGGAUGCCAAAGAGGCCGUCCAGAUGCUCAACGAGAGCAGCCACCGCGUCGUCAUGAUCACCGGAGACAACCCCUUGACGGCCGUACACGUCGCGCGUGAGGUGGAGAUUGUCGACCGCGAUGUUCUGAUUCUGGAUGCACCCGAGGACAAGACUGGUGGCCAUACGCUUAUCUGGAAGAGCGUCGAUGACAAAGUCACUAUCCCGGUCGAUCCGUCAAAGCCCAUCGAUGCCGAAAUUCUCAAGACCAAGGACCUCUGCGUUACCGGAUACGCUCUUGCCCAAUUCAAGGACCAGGCCGGUUGGAACUCUCUGCUGCGCCACACCUGGGUGUAUGCUCGCGUCUCUCCCAAGCAAAAGGAGGACAUUCUCCUCGGUCUCAAGGAUAUGGGCUAUUACACUCUGAUGGCUGGUGAUGGCACCAACGACGUUGGCGCUCUCAAGCAAGCCCACAUUGGCAUUGCCCUUCUCAACGGCACCAAGGAAGACCUGACGCGCAUCGCCGAGCACACCCGCAACACCAAGAUGAAGGAGAUGUAUCAGAAGCAGUGCGAUCUGAUGAAGCGCUUCAACCAGCCCACCCCACCGGUUCCUGUCCUGAUUGCUCACCUCUAUCCUCCUGGCCCGACGAACCCCAACUACAUGAAGGCCAUCGAGCGCGAGGCCAAGGCAAAGAAGAUGACCCCCGAGGAAUACGCCGCCAAGCAAGGUCACCCGGCUGAGACCAUCGUGUCGCCUGGCGCCCAAAGCCUGACUAACAGCGAUCCCCGCAAUGCCCGUCAGGCCGAGGUCAACAAGAAGGCCGCCGGUCUUGCCGACAAGUUGGCUUCGGGCAUGCUCGAGGCUGAGCUGGGCGACGACGAGCCGCCGACCCUGAAGCUUGGUGAUGCCUCUGUUGCUGCUCCUUUCACGUCCAAGCUUCGCGACGUCAUGGCCAUUCCCAAUAUCAUCCGCCAGGGUCGUUGCACUCUGGUGGCGACGAUCCAGAUGUACAAGAUUCUUGCCCUCAACUGCCUCAUCAGCGCCUACUCGCUGUCUGUCCUGUACCUCGAGGGCAUCAAGUUUGGCGACACCCAGUACACUAUCAGCGGUAUGCUCAUGUCGGUCUGCUUCUUGAGUAUCUCGCGCGCUCGCGUGGUCGAAGGCUUGAGCAAGGAGCGCCCGCAGCCCAACAUCUUCAACGUGUACAUCAUCGGCUCCAUCUUGGGCCAGUUUGCUGUGCACAUUGUCACGCUCAUCUACAUCUCCCAGCUUUGCGACAAGCUUGAGCCUCGCUCCACUGAUGGUCUCGACCUUGAGGCUGAGUUCGAGCCGUCGCUGCUCAACUCGGCCGUCUACCUCCUCCAGCUGAUCCAGCAGGUGUCCACCUUUGCCAUCAACUACCAGGGCCGACCGUUCCGCGAGGCCCUCUCGGAGAACAAGGCCAUGUUCUACGGCAUCGUCGGCGUCUCCGGCCUCGCUUUCGUGUGCGCGCUCGAGCUCAUCCCCGAGAUCAACGAGGGCAUGAAGCUCGUUCCCUUCACCGAGGAGUUCAAGUUCAAGAUGGCGGCGUCCAUGAUCCUCGACUACGGGCUCUGCUACAUCAUCGAGAAGGGCCUCAAGUGGGGCUUCAGCGACUACCGCCCCCGCGACAUCGCCGACCGCCGGCCCGAGCAGCUCGAGCGCGAGGCGGCGCGCAAGGCCGUCAUUGCGCAGCAAAAGGCCGACGAGGAGGAGAGGCAGCGCCUCGAGAAGGUGGCCGAGUUUGAGCGCCAGGUCGAGGAGCGCAAGAGGAAACUGCGUGAGUGGCGUGAGGGACGGGCACGGGCCUAA